AUGGAUACUUUGGUAGAUGGAGGUGAGGACAUCCACAGUCUUGUGCGAACAUGUGCUGUUCUGUUCGACCGAAUUCGGCCCGUUUUGUUAGAGAGACCUGGAAACCAACAUCAGCUUAUUCUCAAUUGUCAACAACACUUCCAAGCAUGGAUGGAUCGUGUCGACAUGCUGGACCAGCCGUCCACUGCCCAAACAAUGGAGUUACGAUUACAAACAAAGCCAGUCAUUCUUCAUCUUAUGCGUGAUCUCCUCAACAUCAUCAAAUAUAAUCUGACAAGAGUAGUGCUACAACUGGAAUCGCCUACUCAACCCCCGGCGACGGUGGGAGUUGGCUCUUGGAUAAUGAACACUGUCAAAGUGUUUGGCUUUUCGAUAUCCGCUAGUAGAAGAGGAAUAGACCCCAAUGAGCUUUCACCAGCAAGUCAAGCCUGUCUACACGGGGUGGAAGGUUGUAUUGAGAGACUUCAGGAUCUGCACGACGAUUCAGAACAGAACACGACCGACAGCUUUCUGACUAAUGAAGAAAGUGGCCCUCGGAAACUCAUGGUUCGAGGCAAAAUCAAAAGCAGGUGUCCAAACAUCACAAACUCUAUACUAAGAGUAGUUGAAGCAUCCAUAGAGGCCAGACGAGAGCGACUCAAAGACCUCACUGGGGAAGUUGAUAGCGAUAUUAUUAGGCCGUAUAUUUGCCUGAUGAAUGGAUGCGAUGAUCCAGAUUCCCCCUUUCCGAAAUACGAUAACUGGAAGCAACACAUGGUGGUUAAACAUUCUUCCCGAUGGACGCAAGAUCUCGGUAAUAGCACCGUAUGGUUCUGCGACAUCGACCACGACGAGGAUCAAAUUUUCAAUAGUACUCUGGAGCUGGAAAAUCACGUUAAAACGAUACACGAUAUCCCUUCUCUCAAAGUCGCUUCCAUGGUCGAGCAUAAUACGCUCACCUUACCUGGCAACCGGAAUCAUUGCCCUCUUUGCGAUCGCUCUGAAGCCGAUAUGGAGCAUCACAUCGCAGAUCAUUUAGUAGAUAUCGCGUCGCUGUCUUUCGAAAGUCUGCAUUCUGCACAUGAUUUUGAACUUGAAAGCUCAACGAAUGCAUCUAAUGUCGCAGGGUCGAAUCAUGAGCAGGAGCAGACUCAGUCCCUACCCGUCUUAGACUCUUCCGAGUCAGAAUCGCCCUUUUCGUUAGAGAAGUUGAGGCGGUUGAUUAGAAAAGGCUUUGUCUCAAGCGAACUGGAUGCUAAGCCAUUUCUCCCACCUGGCAAACGCAAAAAAAUCAUUGAGACUCUGCGUAUUGAAGACUUGGAAUCUCUCGGCCCUUGCCGAGAAGAUCCCUUAAGGAUAUUACAGUUCGUCAAGCGAGAUGCUCAAGUCUUGUUCUCGAUUCUGGCUUUCAUGGGCCACGGAGUAAUCGGCUCUCUAGAAGCGAUGUAUAGAUACGACAUGACUGACAGGCUUCUCCCAAUUCCAAUUGGAAUGAUCGACCACUGUGACGAGGAUAACUCGGAUCGCGAUCGCGAAUGUCGGCACGCGCCACCUCUUGGUGUUUUCCAUCAGGAGUCAUGGAGCCUGUUCACAAUAGAGAGGUUUUAUGAGACACAGUGGAAGUUCCUAGCACCUAUCUUUACACCCGACCGUUCCGACUACGAUCUUCUAGCAGAAACUAUUUUGCCUAUCAUCUAUGUAAAGGGAGUCAGCCAUUCUAACUUUAGCCUCGUUCAGGAGGUUGAGAUACAUCCAGAUAAUCUACUUCAUUUUGAGCAGGGACUUGGGUCAAGUAAUCGAAUCGCCCUGAAAAAAAUGCAAGCCCUACACGAUCCAGAGCUUCCUUACAAUACACCAGACGAGAUUAAGGCCCAGAAGCUGAUGAAUGCCAUGCAUCACGCCAAUAUACAAUCAGCCCUGGCUUUCGUCCACCGAAGGGAUGAUCACUUCAUAUUAUAUCCAUGGGCAGAUGGGGGUAAUUUGCGAUCCUAUUGGGUACAAAAUAAUUUUUGGCCCCUUUCAGAACAACUGAUCAAAGAAGUUUUGGAACAGCUUCUCGGUCUGUGUGAUGGCCUUUGGAACAUGCAUAAGAUGAACAUCAGACAUGGAGAUCUCAAGCCUGAAAAUAUAUUGGGCUUUACUAAAAAUGGAUGCCUUGUCGGCACUCUGAAGUUAGCUGACAUGGGACUUGCAAAGUCUCACGAGGAACGUACACGGGAGAGGUACCUCUCAACCGACACGAAAUGGGGGACCAUCCGGUAUGAGCCGCCUGAGAUUGCCACUGCCAAGAACAAACCAGUGUCUCGACGAUAUGAUGUUUGGUCCAUGGGCUGCAUCAUGUUGGAGUUUUUGGUGUGGGUUCAUUAUGGACCUGAUGGGCUUAGGCAGUUCAACGAAGCGCUUGCUGCAAAAGAUGGAGGCCCAGGUGCCUAUUAUACCAUUGAAACCCGUCUUGGACCAACCACGGCAGUUCUGCAUGAGUGCGUGGAGAAUUGUAUAAGCCAUCUACUCGAAGCUGCACAAGGGCAGGAGUCCGCUUUGGGAGACUUGAUACACUUGGUGAAAUCGAAGCUCCUUGUGGUUGGCCUGUCUCAAAAUGGCACAAACGAUAGCUCUAUACCGGUUAGAGCGGACAGCAUGGAAGUAAGACAGGGACUAAUUUCCAUCUUGUCGAAAUAUGAGGAUGAGCCGAGCUAUCGACUGCCGAGCUACGUUAGUAAACUGGAUGAGCGCCCCAAGCUACCAAACUUUCUGACAAUUCCUCAUCUGGGUUUGGAACGUAUUGCUACCAAGGAUAUUGUGGAUAACUCCGCGUUGAGCAAUCCAAUUGCAGAGUAUAGAUUUCCAGAAAGUCUUUCAAAGGGAUAUUCUUACCCAGUGGACAACGACUUUGCCCUGAAGACUAUCACGGAAAUGGAUCAGAACACAGGUCACCCGCAGAUGAAGAAUGUGCCUAAACUAUGCAGCAUCUGCAAAUCCCUCAAGUUGGAUACGCCAGACUUUUCGGUCAAUUACUCCCUUACCUAUCUAGUAAGCAACACAGAGUGUGAACUGUGUCAACUGUUCUAUAAUGUGAUGGUGUCCGCAGGACUAGCAAGCCGCCAUACUGUUCAGUUUCUGCGAGAUGGUUCAACACUGAAACUGAUGAAGGGGGGGCCUCCCGUUUUGUCUCUCGUGGCGCAUCCAGGCUACUACUCUCACGACAUACAACAUGGCUUCCCCAUGAUCGAGCGGAUUCCUGGCCCUGUCUCAUUUGGGGUGAUGAGACGAUGGCUCCAUUGCUGUGAUUCUUCCCAUCAAUGUGUGAUGCCCACGGGAUCCAUCUCUAUGGACUCAUCGGUGUUACUUCUUGAUGUCGGCGGUGGUCUAUACCCGUCGAAUCGAAUCCGGGCAGUGUACCAAAACGCUGAUAGUAGAUAUGUGGCAUUAUCACAUUCCUCAGCCUUCAAUUUCAGUUCUGCUACGAGCAAGAAUGCCCAUGGGACAGAACUAGAGCUUGAACAAAUGCCAGCAACUUACCAAGAUGCUGUUCAUGUUACACGAACCUUGGGGAUUCAGUAUUUGUGGAUCGACAGGUAUUGCAUGGAAAUAAACAGUGAAGAGGGUGCUACCCCUAGUUCCGUCCAUGAAGUGCCGACUGUCUUUAUCAAUGCAUAUGUUGUCUUGGUUGCGAGUUCGGCCAAAACUGCAGACGAGGGCCUCUUAACCCCAAGGACAGCCAGGCAGAAUGUAGCGUUGACGCUCCCUGAGGGCGUUGCCAUCUCAGUAUGCCCCUUUAUUGACGACUUUGAGAAGGACGUUGAGGACUCAUACCUGAGUUCUAGAGCCUGGAAUUUCCAAGAGAGACUCUUGGCUCGACGAUCCAUAUUCUUCACUUCAAGUCAGAUAUAUUGGCAAUGCCAUCAAGACACUCGCGCAGAGACACUCACAAAAAUAGCUUGUCCAACAUCGGAUACCGACCAGAAAAGGAUUUUCUCUUUGUCCUACCCAGCAUCAUGGUUCAAAAGGUUUCCUCUCUAUCGAGUUUACCAGCCGAUAUAUGAGCUUUACUCCAAACUUAAGCUCACACGGGAGACUGACAGGGCGCUUGCAUUUCAGAAUAUCGAAUUUAGAAUUUCUCAGAUUUUCAUUGCAAUCGGGGAGUUCGGCCUGUUCUUUGACCCAACUGAGCUCUGUCGAAGCCUUUUAUGGCGUCGAGAGCGCACAGAAACGUCUCUGAAGCGAAUAGAUUUCCAAGGUUUCCAAAGACCGCCCCCAACGUGGUCUUGGGCAGCUUACGAAGGCGCCAUUGGCUAUUUCGAUCUACCCACUGGCGGAAUUAUCUGGGGUAAUGUUCAGCAUGCUAAUGUACGGAAUUCGCAGGUCGCAGUUGACCCAAUCCUCAUUGCCGAGACAUAUCAUUACGAUACAUCCCAGCUUUCCGACAUUCUUUAUGAUUGUAUAGGCAAUGAAAAUAGGGCGUUUAAAAGGUGUGUCGUACUUGGGAGGAGCAAGGUGAACGAAAGAAUGGCAAAUGGAACUGCUUACUAUCUACUGAUUGUUGGACCAAAAGGGCCCAGCGAAGAUGGAGAUGGUACCUGGGAAAGACUGGGAGUUGCAUAUUCGGAAGAUGAAAGUCUUUUUUUGAACAAAGAGAUAGAACGAGUGUCAAUAUCUUAG